UUUCUCGUGCCAAGUUAUGGUUCGAUGGUGGUGACUGGCGGUAUCAAUAACAAACAAAUAUCACCGGCGCGUCGGAUAGUCUCUUUUUGUUUUUCCAUCGUACGAUUUCUUUCCGUCUCCUCAUAAAUUAUCUUGUUUUCUGCUCGCCAACUGCCCACAUUCCUUUUCAUCACCCACCAUGCCCGCAUCCCACAAGCCUAGAGCUGGCAAAAACCCCUCGGCUGCCGCCUCUCCCGCCCACUCGACCGGGUGUCUCAGGAGAUGGAGCGUCAGGGGUCUGCUCCUCGCUGUCCUCGCCUCUUUUUACAUCUGGGCCAACACCGUCAACCACAAAUUCUACAUCCUCGACCCGCCCUCCCUCAACGCCUCUGUCCAGUCCGCCCUCGCCCUCGCCAACUCUCUCGCCCCCGCUUCCGCCUCUGCGCCCAACGCCACCCUUGUGGUCGACACCCUCGUCAAAAAACUGGUCGAGGACCACCCGCACGUCAGGUGGAAUACCGACUGGCAAAACCCGGAUGAAUGGCUUUUCAACAAUGCCGGCGGCGCUAUGGGGAGCAUGUUCCUUUUGCACGCCAGUAUCACCGAAUACAUCAUCAUCUUUGGCACAGCCGUCGGCACCGAAGGCCACACCGGCCGACACACCGCAGACGACUACUUUCACAUCCUCACCGGUCGUCAAACCGCCUAUACCGCCGGGGCACUCAUCAGGGAGAUUUAUAACCCCGGAGACGUACACCAUCUCGUUCGCGGGGUGGUGAAGCAGUAUGCUAUGGAGCCCGAGAGCUGGGCCUUGGAGUAUGCCAGAGGCUGGAUUCCCCUCAUGCUCCCAUUCGGUUUCGCAGACGGCUUCUUCUCCACCAUGGACGUCAUCACGCUUUACAACACUGUGAGGAUCACUGGUCGGGAGAUGAUUGGAAAUUUGUUGAGGGGAAAGAUUUAACUAAUCGGUAAAUUAUCAAGGAAGUGAGAGUUAUUAGAUGAUUAGAUGGUGAGAGAUGCGUAAGGGCGGACGACGUGGAAAGAAUAAAAGAAAGGAUCGAGGCAGGCCUUUGUGUGGAUAACUAGAGGGUUUAGACUAGUAGAUGAGCAUAAAGCUUAUAAUAAAAACCCCAUCUCGGAAUGAAAACAGAACACGAA